AUGUGUAAGCUUAAAAGGCUUAUGUUGAUCCUAAAGGAGAUAAACAGAGAUGGCUAUAACAAUAUUUAUGAAGCAGACUUGCAGGCAGCAAUUAAUCUGGAAGAAUCUCAGGAAGCUCUCAAAAAGGACCCUCUAAAUAAUGAGUUGAUUGUUAAGGAGGCCCAGGAUAGAAGCAACUAUAGUCAAACUCACAAAGCCUACUGCCAAUUCCUAGCUCAAAAAGCAAAGAUCCAGUGGCUUAAAGCAGGAAGCAAGAUGGAGAAUAGAAGAAAGGUCAAUUCUGAUGCUCCUGCAAGGCCUGAAGCUAUUCUCAGACACAUCUGGGCUCCAACCAAACAAAAACAAGUCUGA